GUGCUCUACAGCUCAGCUACACUUACCUCAGAGAGUCUGAGCAGAGGGGCUGCUGCGAGUGUGUAAGAGUUCCGCUGACAGACUUUGUUACACUGUGGAUCUCUAAAGCAGGUCCUCUGAGGAGCUGCAGAGCCUUACCAGCAGAGAACACGAGUGGCACCCAUGGACCAGACCAUGGAGGCCCCACGGGACCCAGCAGUGAGCCAGGCUCUGGUCCACUUUGAGUCCACCUUACAGGCUGCUGUGCGGGAGGUUCAUGUGGAUGUGAGUGCGUUCAAACAGAGAAUGGAGCAGAGGAUGGAGAACAUGUACAUGUCCCAGGCCCCACUGGCUGAGGCCGUGUCCAGGCUCCAGGAGGAGAACCAGCAGCUCCGGGCCAAACUGGAGGCUCUGAGCCGCCUGGUGGAGGGUCUGACUAGGCUGAAGGCAGACCUGAACACAGAUCUGCACUCACACAAUGGACACGCAGGGACAGAAGAGAAAAGUGACCCCGGAACCACAGCCUCUGAUAGCCCAGGAACCAGCAUGGCUCCUGGAUGUGCUCCUAACAGCUCUGCACCUCCUCCAUGGAGGACCAGGAGACACGGCGACAUCAAUGGGUCAGAUGUGAAAAGAGAGAAGAGUGCCCCCACGACUGGACAACAGAAUGGGACAGGGCCAGAUGAGGAAGAGUCCAUCCUUGUGACCAGACCUCACCUUCCUCUCACAGCCAUGACUAAAACCAGCCCAGAACCUGGCCCAGACCCUGGCCCAAUCAGCUCACCACUGACCCCAGGCACUUGUCAACAGAAGGAGGCUGCCCCACAGCCAUCCCAGGAGCAGGGGCGCUCGAACCCCGACCCUCUGGCCCAUUCCCCCCUGACCGCACUGACCAAGAGCAGCCCUGAGUCCAGCCCAGCCAAAAGUGACCACACACACCUAGCUGCAGAGUCUCCAGCCCUACGGAGAGCAGAGCCUCCAUGUAAAACAGAGGUGAGUGAAGCUAAGGCCCACACUGCCCUAUCUGCUGUGAGUAAAGCCAGUGAGCCUGACCCUGCUCCAUCUCCUGCCUCCACCCCCCGCUCCUCCUGCCUGUCCUCGCUCCAGGACACCCCUGUCAGACCUGGGGAGUACCCCUUCAAACGCACUCCAGUCUUGAAGACACCCAGUCCAGUUCUGAAGAGGAGUGUGAGCUUCCCCCAGCCGACAGAAAAACUCCUACCUUCCAAGUCCAUCAUCAAAUCUGGCUUCUCUCCCAGCCUGGACAAGAAGAGCCCAAAGUCUGGUGGUGUUGAGAUGAAACAGAACCUGCUGAAGACCCAGAGCCUUCCUCGGUCUGACGGAGCCCAGGCGAAACGUGCCAUGUUUGAGAGGAUGAACUCUGAGCCCAUCAAGCCAAAGGACGGCAAACCCAAACUGAAGCGCUCACAGAGCUUUGGCAUGUCCAGUGCCAGUGGCAUCAAACAGAUCCUUCUGGAGUGGUGUCGCUCCAAAACCAUCGGCUACCAGAACAUAGACAUCCAGAACUUCUCAUCAAGCUGGAGUGAUGGCAUGGCGUUUUGUGCUCUGGUGCACUCCUUUUUCCCCCUGGAGUUUGACUACAACGCUCUGAAACCAGCCAACCGCAAGCACAAUCUGCAGCUAGCCUUCUCCACCGCAGAGAAGCAGGCGGACUGUCUGCGUCUGAUCGAGGUGGAGGACAUGCUCGACAUGGGGGACAAACCUGACCCCAUGUGUGUCUUUACAUAUGUGCAGUCCCUGUACAACCACCUCAAGGUCUUUGAGUGACUGCAUCCUGCUGCUGUAGCCCUGCCCACUGUGUGACCUCAACACUCUGUAGCACACCUGACUCAACAGCCUCUUCACAACCCUGAUACAUGUACUUCAAUGUACUUCAAUGCUUAAACUGGCUUAGGCUAUGGUAACUCGGACAUUAAAGGUGCUGUACCUGAUUUUUACUGUCUUUAAAACGUAAAAAAAAGAUUUUUUUCAUUUUAAAAAGUUUGCAGAGGUCCAAAGUUAUCCUUCACUUACCUUAUGCAUUCCGAACAUCCUAAUUAUUCAGCACAAUGAGUUUAUAAGCAGAGUUACAGAGUUUUGCUCAUAGACAUAAACACAAUGUUCAAUGCUCAUGCUGCAUUUUUUCUUAUAGUAUAAGCCCACAAAAGUCUCAUAUUAUGAAUAAUCAAGAGGCUGUUUGAUUUGACUUAACUCCGGAUAGCGUGGGCUAGCCAAGUGAUCAAGUUUGAACAACAGGCAGAGAAUUUUGUGUCUAUGAUGUCUAUGGUUUUGACAUCACUUUAAAGCUAAUAACAACUAGCAUGCAAACAUGUUUUUGAUUCUUGUAGGAUACAAAGCUUGCACUCUAAGGAUUGCUUAUACUAUAUAUAUGUUCUGGGGUAAAACAAAUUUUGCUCAAAUACACAGAAAAAAAAAUAAGGUACAGGACUUUUAAUGGGGACGGUGGUUCUCAGUCUAUCCUAGGUGGGCUUAAUUUAUUUUUUAUUUUUUAUUUAAAUGAAAUGUUAUUUUAUUUUUGCUUUUUUUGUUUAGCAUCAAAUUUGGUUGGCCUGGUUUAGACCUGGUUUAAUACAGAUUUUGUCUCAUCUGCUGUUCACGAGAAGAAGUGAUAACCCUGUAUCAGGUGUGAAUAAAGCACUUGAUUUUAUUUUAAAAUUCAAUAUAUAAACUUGUCUUUUUGUUUAAACACCAUAACAUUGAUAUUUCAUGUUAUAUAACUUUAAAUAAUGUGUAUGUAUGUGUCUGCGUAAUUAAACUCCGGACGGCCCUUGGGGUUCGUCACCUGCUUGUUUCCAUGGUAAUGUAAUUGCUUUGCUUGGAAUUUUAUGUAGAAGAGCAAAAUAAUUUGUUAUGCUUUUAUAAUUUG